AUGGCCAACGACGAAUAUGAUUUCCUCUUCAAAGGUGCCUGCCCUCGCGACUUGCCUCCCCUCGUGUUGAUCGGCGACUCUGGUGUCGGAAAGUCCAACCUGUUGAGUCGUUUCACCCGCAAUGAGUUCAACCUGGAUUCCAAGUCCACUAUUGGUGUAGAAUUUGCUACGCGGUCUAUCCAGGUGGACUCCAAGACCAUCAAGGCCCAGAUUUGGGAUACCGCCGGACAGGAGCGAUACCGAGCCAUCACUUCGGCCUACUACCGCGGUGCCGUCGGCGCGCUUCUCGUCUACGAUAUCAGCAAGCACCAGACCUACGAGAACGUCAACCGGUGGCUGAAGGAACUGAGGGGUCAUGCCGACUCCAACAUCGUUAUCAUGCUAGUCGGCAACAAGAGCGAUUUGAGGCACCUGCGAGCUGUGCCUACGGACGAGGCCAAGGCCUUUGCUAGCGAAAACCACCUCUCCUUUAUCGAGACUUCUGCCCUUGAUGCUAGCAACGUCGAGCUUGCAUUCCAAAAUAUUCUCACUGAAAUCUACCGAAUCGUAUCAAGCAAGUCCCUCGACAGCGGCGACGGCGCCCAAGCCACCAUCGGAACCGGCACCAACAUUUCCCUCAGCAAGCCGGCGGAGGAUGGCGCGGCGAAGGGCGGAAAGUGCUGCUAA